AUAGUAAAUGGGGCCCUAAAGAAGUCGUACAAUGUGAAUGACUGCAAUAAUGUUGCAAUGUAUAGAUUAGCCUAUCAGAUCCAAAGUCUACCACGGAAUUUGGUAAUGACAGUUAGCGUUGACCAAAGAAGACGGUGAUAGAGCUGACUAGUUUGUGGGGUUUGAAAGGCGGUUUGAUGCUGUCAAAAGGGACCAAAAAAUACUAUUUUGACAAAAAUCUUAAACGGUUAGUGUUCUGCUGGAUACCAGAGACGCCUUGUGGUAGAUGUGAAGAUUGCGUUUCUUAUUUUCAUUCAAGACGAAGUGGAACUUCAAGGGGAAAACUCAAAGAUGAUCUGAAGUUCUUAAAAGUAUUUGACAUGGCUAUGGAAACAGAAUUCUUUGCUGGUAUUCCGAAGAUUCCAUAUGUACCCAACGCUGGAGCUCGAAACGUCUUGUGUUUCCAACACUACAAUGCAGAAGAAGUGCUGCUGGGCAGAAGUAUGGAGGACUGGCUGAGAUUCUCAGUCUGUUACUGGCACUCCUUCUGUGGGACUGGUGCUGACCCUUUUGGGUUCCAGACACUACACAGACCCUGGAAUGAGGGUGCUACCCCCAUGGAAUGUGCCAAGAAGAGACUCCAUGCAGCCUUUGAGUUCUUCACCAAACUUGGUGUGAAGUACUACACCUUUCAUGACAGGGACAUGUCCCCUGAAGGAAGGACUCUGGAGGAGUCCAACAGCAACCUGGAUGAGAUGACAGACCUGGCCCUGCAGCUGCAGAAUAGGACUGGGGUCAAGGUGCUGUGGGUCACCUGCAAUCUGUUUGCUCACUCAAGGUACAUGAAUGGAGCAGCAACCAACCCUGACUGCCAUGUUUUGGCCUAUGCUGGGGCCCAGGUGAAGAAAGGACUGGAUGUAGCCAAGAAGCUGGGAGCAGAGAACUUUGUCUUCUGGGGUGGCAGGGAGGGUUUUUACUCGAUACACAACACUGAUGUUGGCGCUGAACUGAAACAUAUGGCAAACUUUUUCAAAAUGGCUGUCAAGUACAAGGAGAAGAUAGGGUUGAAGUGCCAGUUCCUCAUUGAACCCAAGCCCAAAGAGCCAUGCAAACAUCAAUACGACUAUGAUGCAAUGAGUGUCAUAGGCUUCCUGAAGCAUUAUGAACUGGACAGCCAUUUCAAGCUGAACAUCGAACCCAACCACACCACUCUGGCUGGGCAUUCCUAUGAACACGAUGUCAUCAUGGCCUCUGUGUUUGGCAUGCUGGGCUCUGUGGACUCCAACACGGGUUCUCCUGACCUGGGCUGGGACACAGACCAGUUCCCCAUGGACAUCAGGAAUACCACCAUGAUAAUGAAGACUGUGAUAGAGCAGGGUGGUCUGCAGCCGGGGGGUCUGAACUUCGAUGCUAAGGUGCGUAGGGAGUCCACGGACCUGGAGGACCUGUUCAUAGCCCACGUCGGAGCCAUGGACGCCUUCGCACGCGGCCUGAGGAACGCAGUCAGGAUCAUAGAGGAAGGAGUUAUCACCAGCAUGGUCAAAGAGCGCUACAUGAGCUUCAGCCAUGGGAUUGGUCAGAAAGUAGUGGAUGGCAGCACCUCAUUGGAGGAGCUGGAGGACUUUGUCAAGCAAAAUGGGGAGCCCAAAGUCACAUCAGGCAAACAGGAGAAAUAUGAAACAGUCUUUAACCACUACCUUUGAAGACAUGUGGCGAAGACUUGUUUGACCAUGAAACCCCUUGUCCUGAGUGGUAUAGUGUCCAUCCAGACCUUUCAUAAUAGUAUGCUUAGAGAGUGAUAUAGUUUCAUAUGACUAACUAUUAUUACAGUUAUAGUAUAAAGAAUUAAUCAUUGGAGGAGUCUUGUGAAAGUGGACUAUUUUAAUGCACACUCCUGUAAUGUUGACAUAUGAUUAGAUUGUGAGGCCAUCAAUGGUAAAGACCAGAAAUAUGAAUUUAAUUUAGUAUAAAUUACAUGGCAUUUGAAAUACUGAAUUAAUUAAGGAAUUAAUUAAUUGAUCAGUUUUUCAUACUGGAGUUGAAUAAAAAGAAGCAAACCC